UGCAGCUGUUCCCAGUUCAGUCUCAGUGGUUUUGAGACUGCAGCCACAGUGCUUCUCCAUGCGGCUCCUUCGGAUACCUCUGACUUUACAGACGUCUUUUAAACAAAUAUAGACACCGGCUGAUUGAGUUGGAAUUAUUUUGCCUUUUCCUCGUCGUGUUUGGGACAUGCCGUUGUUUGAGGAGGACCCGGUUCAUCUGUCUAAAUCCCGACUGAAGUCAGAUUUGGUCGCCCACAAUGUCGCGCUGCCACCUGCAAAGAGCAGAAAGGAGGUUUAUGUGGAGUUGCACUUAAAACACAUCGAUCAGAAACACGCAGCGGAUUUUUCUAGCGAUGAGGAGGAACAAGUGCAUGAUGUGGAAGACAAGGACGAGGAUCCAGAGGAAACAGAGAUUCCUGACCCCAGUGGUUUGACUGAUGAUGAGCUCAAGGCUGCUCUGCUCGCACAUGGGGUUAAAGUUGGCCCAAUAGUAGCCUCUACCCGAGCUUUGUAUGAGAAAAAGCUGAGGACGCUGCUUCAGUCCAACGGGCAUGACCACCUGAAUGGAACAGAGAAAGCGGAAUUGUACUCUGACAGUGAAGAGGAAGAGGAAAAUGGGGAAGAGGAGGAGAAAGAGUGCGAUUAUGAAGAAGGCAAGGAUGAAACAACUGAGCAGUCAGAACAGGCACCACAAGAAAGUAGCCAGGUGAAAACAUAUUUUCAUCAAGGCCAUUUUGUUUAUCCACAGUGCUUUUUACCUUCACCAAGGCUGCAUGCUCGGCCUUCCGGAAACAAAGAACCUGCUCCCAAAAGGAAUUCAGGGAAUGCAUUAAAAUCAUCAGAGCGGGGUCAGUCUCACCGCUCACAGAUUCCCGCUGGAAUUAGUAAAGCAUCCUCUGUAGAUCAGCUCUCAGGAUUAGGAUCAGGGGUUACAUCUGGAUUACAAUCAGUUAAGACCAGUGGAUGCUCAUCGUUUCCCUUUCAGGCCUUCAGCAUCACUGAAAUGGUGGAGCAGAUGGAGAGUCGAGCGUCAUUUUCUUCUUGCCCAGACACUGAGAGAGCGCUGAAUGGGAGCAAUGUGCAUGACCAUUGGUCGCGGUCCAGCAGGCAUGACACCAUGACUCCAGAUGAGUACAACAAGAAGAACAAGACCGUGUACUACACCCCCAAGACUCCCCCUUAUAAAGGGGAAAAGAAGCAACCUCAGGGGCCUGCGAAAGAUGUUUUCAAGGACAUGUUUCCAGACACUCCAGCCACACCCACGGGAAUCUAUGCUUCUCGUCGAAGACCCAUCAAGGGUGCUGCAGGAAGACCGAUUCAGUACGCGUACCCUGACACACCUGCAAGUCCCACAACUCUACAGAGACGAGAGCUUGAGCGCCGCCUCGUGCCCAUCCAGAUACAAAUAGCGGUCUUCCUUGCUGUGGCAUGCCUCCUUUUCCUCAUUUAUGUUUUCGCUGAGGAUGACUCGCUCAGCUCAGUUGUGGCCUUACUGGAGAGUCUUACCCAAGAGUCAGACAGUGAAGAUGGGCUUUUGCUUCAGGCUGAAUCACAAGAAAUACCACCGCUCUCUGGACAGGAGUAAUCCUGUUCUUUUCUGUGGAUGCAAGCCAUAAUGACCUUUUCCUUAUAUAUCUUGAUGGAACAAAGACUGUGCUCAGUAAAUUGCAGUGUUUGUGUGUCUGCAUUGUAACAUACCUCAAAAACCCAGUCUUUCAUUUUAUGUUUUGCUUACUGAUGUGCUACCAUGGGGCUUCAUAUGAGAUUUUAAGGAGAGUAAGAAAAUAAGCACAACAUUUUGUAUUUCCAAACCAAAAGAUGUUAUAUAACGGUAUCUUUUCAGUGUGUUGAAUUGCUGCAUAAUGUGUGUCAUUUUUUAAACAUGGAUAUUUCAAUAAAGGAUGUUUUGCUUCAUA